AUGGAUACGAUCCUUGAGUUUGCGGGGAACGUAACGCGUUUGCCGUUGGAGGAGUUCUCAGCUCCCAGUGUUAGUUUGAUCGAGCGACAGUGGAACGCCUUCUUGGAUGUGAUCGGUGAUGAUACCGACACGCUGUACAUGUGGUUCCUGACCGCGUACACGUACGGGUUCUUCUGGAUUGUCGGCGGGUUGUUCGUGCUGAUGGAUGUCAUCAAUAAGCCGCAGUUUUUGCGCAAAUUCAAAAACCAACCGGGCGUCAACGAACCGCUCGAUUGGGCAAAGCUGAAGAACCUGGUGAAAACCGUUGCCUACAACCAGCUCGUGUAUGGAUUGCCAACAUCCUAUCUGUCAUUCCACGCGCGCAAGCUCACCGCCAUGGAGAUCCCAGACCCGCGCGUGCUACCAUCGCCGUACAUCAUAGUACGGGACGUUAUGGUGUGCAUUGUGGCGUGGGAGAUCACCUUCUACUAUAGCCACCGGUUGCUGCAUUCGAGCUUCUUUUACAAACGCGUGCAUAAGAAGCAUCACGAGUGGUCUGCACCGGUCGCUUGGGCGGCCAUGUACGCGCAUCCGUUCGAAUUUGUCAUCAGUGAUCUGCUUCCGGUGUACGUCGGACCUGCAAUUAUGACCUGCCAUGUGUUCACGAUUGUCAUUUGGUUCACGUUCGUCAUGAUGGACACGCUGGUGGACCACUCGGGGUACCAUUUGCCGGUGUUGGGCAGCUCCGAGAUGCACGACUUUCAUCACCUCAAGUAA